AUGCCGCUCCGACAGUGGAAUGUGGGCGACGUCGUGGCAUGGCUGCACGAGAGUAAUUUAGGGCAGCAUGCAGCGCUGUUCACAGAUAAUGAUAUAAACGGGUCCGCCCUGCUGCAGCUCGACCAGUCCAAGCUGAAGGAGAUGGGCAUUCCGAGCAUGGGCGAGCGCCUGCGCAUCGUCGCGGCGGUACGUGCGCUGCACAAGCGCUUGGUCGAGGCGAAUGCACACCGGCAGCAGCCGACCUGGACCGAUGCGCAGUUCGGUAUCGCAGGGCAUAAUGCGCGCGCCAAGCCCAGCGGCGAGUGGCUCGUCGCGCCGCCCGAGCCCGAGGCCCAUCGGCAUCCAUCGCCGGGGCCGAGCUACUCGAGUCACACGAUGGCGCGGCACGAGUCGGAUAUCGGAUCCCCGCUCUCGGCACGCACGCAGACACCGCUCGCACGCCACGCGUCGGCCGUCCCGCCAAGCGUGCGUAGGCCGAAUACCGCGACCGGCAUCUCGUCGGGGCCGUGGCCCAUGGCGAGCACGCCGACGAGCAUGGCAAGCACUGCGAGUCCAAGCGCACAGCAGACUGCGCGCCCACGGCGCCCGGCGACCUCCUCGUCGACCUCGCCGCAGAACGUCGGCUAUGCCGUUGGGCGCGGCGCGUUUUCCGCGAGCGCCGCCGCCAAGCAGCGCGUCGCACAAAUCAGCGCACCGUACAACCUGCGGCGGGGAGACUCGGAGUCGGACUCGGACAGCGCGCGCGACGCGGACGCCGUCUCGCCGGGCGUGCCGCAAUUCAAGGGCGUGCGCAAAGCGCUUAUCAAGUUCUUUGCCGAGGACGGCACCUCGCGUGUUGUCGACGUGAGCGAGUGCCACGACGCACACGAGGUGCUCGUGCGCGUCCUACGCAAGUUCGGUCUUCCCCAGGUCGGCGCGGAACUCGAGUCGGUGACCUACAUGAACCCUUACGCGAUGGCCAUGGCCGGCAGCGACGGCAAGCCCAAAGUCCUCUCUGAGAGCGAACUGAUGACCGUGUGCAGCACGCCGCAUGCAUUCACGCCGGUGUGGCACAAUGGCCUCCUUUUGAUCGACACAACACUCCCACUUCCCGGCAUCGCCGAGGGGGACAUGACGAUGCGCCGCGCAUCCACCUUUAGUAUUCUGUCCGGCCUCGGCGUCGAGAACUUACCGCCGGAGCGCUCGCCGCUCCCGACAAACACCGCGUCGUUCGCGCGGCGCGCCGCACGCCCGGCCGUCGCGAUGGCCGCCGCCGCCGCCGAUCCCCUCAAGGCGGGCACGCGUGUCCGGCGGCGCGUGCGCAACUUCUUUGGACAGCGGCCGCCGUCGGAGCUCAUUAGCUCGCACCUUGCCGAGUACUUUCCCGAGACAGACAGCCGCGAGCUGCAGCGCCAUUCGCGCGCGUCGCUUGGGGAUAUUUCGAUGCUGCAGCUGUCGAGUGCGGCGAGCGCCUCGCCCAAGGAGUCCCAAACGCCGAGCGUGCCGCACUCGGCGCAGCCGCUCUCGCCGCGGUCGCCGUUGAGCCCGUCGUGGGCCGACGGCCGUGGCCUCCCGCCGAUGCGGCGCUUUGCCCCCGAGGCCGCCGAGGAGGCGCAGCGUCCGGCGCCGCCGCCGCCGCCCACCGAGACGGUCGACGACGAGACGUCGAGUCUGGUCACUAUGGACGAGAUCACGCAGGAUCUCGAAGAGCGCAAUGCGAUCGACAUGGAGCCUGCUGGCCAGAGCUCCGUCAUUGUCGACCAGGACGGCGUCCCGAUCCCGGUGCACAGCCCCCGUGCGCGCGAGCCGAGCGAGCAGUCGCUCGCGUACGUCGAGACCGCGCCGCGGCCCCCCACGACUCCGGCGGCGACGCGCAGCGAGGGCGCAGAGACCGAGGCGGUCAAGCCGCGCAUCCGCUGGCACAAGGGUGCACUGAUCGGCGCCGGCUCCUUUGGCAAGGUCUUCCUCGGAAUGAAUGCCAAGACGGGUCUGCUGAUGGCCGUGAAGCAAGUCGAGCUGCCGACAACCGACGAGGCGAAUACGCAGCGGCGGCAGUACAUGGUCGAGUCGCUCGAGUCGGAAAUUGCUCUGCUCAAAACGAUCCAGCACCCGAACAUCGUGCACUACCUCGACUCGUACGCCGACGGCGAGUUUCUUAAUAUUUUCCUCGAGUACGUCCCGGGCGGCUCGGUGGUGGCGCUCUUGCGCAACUACGGCGCAUUUGAGGAGCAGCUCGUGCAGAACUUUGUGCGCCAGAUCCUCCAGGGUCUUCGCUUUCUGCACGCGCAGGCAAUCGUGCACCGCGACAUCAAAGGCGCCAACAUCCUUGUGGACAACAAGGGUGGUGUCAAGAUCAGCGACUUUGGCAUCAGCAAAAAGGGCGAGAGCGGGCUGCUCGUCCAGGCCCGGGGCCAGCGGGGCAUGCUGCAAGGCUCGGUGUACUGGAUGGCGCCCGAGGUGGUGAAGCAGACCUCCUACACGCCCAAGGCGGAUGUGUGGAGCGUCGGCUGCCUCGUCGUCGAGAUGCUCACCGCGUUGCACCCCUGGCCCAAGCUCGACCAGAUGCAGGCACUCUUCCAGAUCGGCAUGAGCAAGCACCCUGCGCUCCCAGACGACAUUAGCGCGCCGGCGACCGACUUCCUAAAGGCGACCUUUGCCGUGCAGGAAGACGACCGGCCCAGUGCGGAACAAUUACUGGAGCAUGUAUUUAUCACGCAACUCACCCCCGACACGCCCGCCGAGGGUUUGUAG